CCGAUAAACAUGUUUUACAUUUACAUUUAAGCUAAGCUAAGCAACUAUAUACUGAUUCAUAUUAACCUACCAGAUGUCCAUGUGAACUAAGUAUCCCUACAUAUUUUUGCGUGAAAUGUGAAUGAAACUUCAUAAAAAAUAGUCCUAAUGUUAUAGUGAUCUAAUGCUAAUCGUUAGUGCGUUUUUGCAAGUGAGGCGAUUGAUUUCAAUAACCCACAUUUAAAAAUUGCGCAGGCACAUCACUCAUUUCGUACCACGGUCCAGCCGCCAUAUCCUCGAUGCAUCCGCAUCACAGUAGUAUCCUAUGGUUCUGUCUAUAGAUGAAAAGUUUGUUUUCAUGCUGGUUUGCACAUAUUGAGAAUAAAAUCUUAAUUGUAAAAAGUGAAAGACAAAAUAUGCCUUUUAGGAGGAUAGGCACUUGUCACCAAAACUAACAUUAUUUUACACAUAAAAAUACUUUUUGAGCUUGAUAAUUUUCCCCACUCAAAUUAGCCCAAGACGUAACGUUUACAAGUAGUAGCAGUACUGAUAACACUCAAAAUAGAGAUGUAUUGUAUAUUUAGAACACUACAACACAUAAAGUUUUAUAUAAAAACAACAAAGAGUCAAAAAAAGUCAAGUCACCAAUUAAAGUAAUCUUGGAAGUCUUAUUUGACAGACAUAGAUCUGAUACGUCUUCUGCGGAACCCUCAAAGCGAUACCAACGUAUUAUAAACCAUAACAACAGUACAAUCAUAAUUACAUUGAUAAAGCAAUAUCAGUCAGUCUUGAUCACGUUCAGAGGAAGACAAAAUGGGGUUUGAAAAUAAAGUAGUUUUGAUAACCGGAGCGGGCUCUGGAAUAGGAGAAGCUACUGCCAAACUCUUCGCUAAGGAAGGAGCUGAUGUAGUUGUUGUGGAUAUAAACGAAGAUAGAGUGCAGAACAUAGGUCACCAGUGCAGAGCAUAUGGCAAGAAAGUCCUCGUAAUACAAGCCGAUGUUUCCAAAUCCGAUGAAAUUGAAAGAGUCAUGAAAAAGACUAUCGAUACCUUUGGAAAACUAGACGUACUUGUCAACAACGCUGCUAAAUUCGCAGCAGUCAAGAUUCUUGACAGUUCACUCAUGGACAGUUUUGAUGAUAUAAUGAAUACAAAUCUCGGGGCAGUUGUACAUUUUACUACUUUAGCUGCCCCUCAUUUGGCGAAGACUAAAGGAUGUAUUGUGAAUACUUCAAGCGUGGGUAGUACUACAGUUAAGGGUGGGAUUAUGUUCUCACUGUACUUUGCUUCAAAGGCUGCCAUUGAUUCUUUCACGAAAUCAUCUGCAUUGGAACUUGGAGAAGUGGGCAUUCGGGUGAAUGCUGUUAAUCCAGGCCCUGUUCGUACUAAUUUACUGGCUGAUUCUGGUAUUCCUUUGGAAUGGGAUCAUUUCGCCCCAGCUACCGUUCUGGGCAGGAUAUCGUAUCCCGGUGAAGUGGCUAACAUGAUAGUGUACUUAGCAAGUGAGAAAGCUGUUGGCAUCACAGGAGCAUGUUACCUUAUUGAUAACGGACACUCCAUCAAGUAAUGUGUGGUUUUUUAAGCGUUUAAAUUAAAUAUGAGCAGAUUUUUGUACUACAUGCAUUCAAUUAUUUUGGACAAUGAAUUGUAUGUGUAACGAUAUACGUACAUUAAAGUGAUUUUAUGAAAUAAAAUGAUUAAAAUGUAUAUAUUGUGCCUAAAAUACUAACCAUCUGACAACAACGGUACCGAAAAUAACAGAUAUACAAUUACAAAAAUAAACAGCGUGAAUAGAUAGCGUGUUCAUGAACAUUUGUUUGAUAAAAAGCUAAAAGUGCAAUCAGUAAAAUUGAUUAAAAAUCGUUUUCUGCUUA